AUGGCAAGCAAUAAAAGAAAAAUACAAAUUUUGGAAAAUAGAGUAAUUCGCCCUGCAGUUAUUGACAGUGAUAGUGACAGCAGUGAAGAAAUAUUUUCCACUAAGAAAACUAAAAAAGGAUUUGGAAACAAAUGUGCACGGAAAACAAAGCACAAGCGUAGCCCCAGUGGAAGAAAAUUUCAUAUUCUUAAACCAGUCUCGUUUUCACAUGUAACUAAAACAGAAUGUAAAAAUAAACCUACACCACAGACAUCAAAAGGAUUGUCUUCGCCUAGCUCAUCGUCAUUGGAACGAUUUAGUAUGUAUAGCUCAAGAGGAUGCAGUCCUUCGCUAAACAAUAUAUCAGCUUCUAAGCUUAUGCACGGCAUCAAAAUAGAUGAAAGCGAAUAUCAUGACUUGAUAAAUCUAAGAAACGAUAAUAAAAAGAUAAAAAAGAAAAAUGAAAUAGAAAGGAAAGAUCCAAAGACAAAACUUACAUUCACUUAUUCUUUUGAAGACAGUAUGUCGCAAGGGUUAACUGAAAGUAAUGAAAAUUGUGUUUUUUAUGACGAAGAACGUAAUAAACAGUUUGAAGAAAAUGAAAGACAGAAAGAAACACUUAAUGACGAAGCAGAGAGAGAGAAAGAAACAGAAAAUGUUGAUGUAGAAGAUGUAGAAGAGAGAGAGGAAGAAACAGGAAAUGCUGAAGAGGAAGAUGAAGAGCAGGAAAGUGGUGACACAGGCGAUGAUGAGAGUGAUGAAUAUUCUGCAAGUGAAGUUGUAUCGGAUAUAGAUAAUGAUGUUUCAGAGGAAGAGGAAGAUGCACAGGAUAAUAGUGUCAAUGAAUGGGAUGCUGUCACAGAUUUGACACCUGAGUUGGAUGCGUGUACUUUAAAUGAAAGCACUUUUAAUAUUCCUAUAGAAGAUAUAUCUCCUGCAGGGCUGGAGAACAAAUGUCGUGUAGUAAUUGCAGACAAUUUCUACUCUUCAAUUGAAUUGGCGGAAGAACUCUUAUCUCAAAAAACCCGUUAUUGCGGUACCCUAAAUUCGAAGCGAAGGGGGCUACCUAAGGAGAUAGUGUUACUAAAGUUGAAGAAGGGUGAAAUCAAAGGAGCUAUGAAUAAAAAUGGCGUUAAAGUUAUUAAAUGGGUUGACAAAAGGCAACUUCUAAUGAUAUCUACUCUCAAAGAGGACAAAGAGGUGCUUGUCAACACUGGCAAAAAAAAAAUAGGAAGACGAAUGAAGAUAUAA